AAAUCUGCUAACGGGUCGAGGAUAUUUUGAAAUGAAGACAAAACUAAAAAUGAAGAAAAACAUUGGGUUGUAGGAAGUUUUGGAUUGUCGAGUUAGGAAGUGUAUAUUAGUUAUUUUAAGGUUUUUAGAACAUAUGCUCCAUACUAUUAUGAAAAAUUUUGGAAAUAAAGAAUUACAGUGAUGGUUUUAUGUAUAUACAAUGUUUGACGACGGGCAUUGUGCAUGUGUGUUAGUGUUGUGAAACUAUUAUUGAGCCAAUUGGUAUUUAAUAAGGAUAAAACUUUGGGAUGCAUUCUUUAAGAAAAUGGUUUUAUAGACCUAAGAAAGAAGAUAGUUCUAAGUUGGCUCUCUUUUAUUGGGCUGAUGAAGAACUUACUAUGGUUGCUACAGAACUGGAUAGUUUUGAUGGUCGGACAGAUCCAGAUAGGUGUUCCAUUUUGGUUAGUCAGCUUCGAAUAUGUCAAGAUAAAGUAUUAAGCAUUUGCAAUGAUAUAAUGGAUGAAGCAAUUCCUGAUAUAAGGGCAAAUAGGGAUUUCCGUGCUAAAUUUCCUGAUGAUGUUCUUCAUGAAAAUCUUGCUGGUCAACUUUGGUUUGGAGCAGAAUGCCUUGCUGCUGGUUCUAAUAUAAUUCACAGAGAGCUUGAAAGUGCCAGCAUGAGGCCUCUGGCUAAAGCCUUGACUCGUGCUUUAGAUAAUGUCCGUUGCCUUUUAAGAGAACAGUCAUUAAAAAAUUCUCUUGUAUAUUCGGAUAAAGUGCGAGAAGCUUUGAGAAUAUUUGAUAGGCUUUUUGCAGAAUUCGAACUAUGCUACGUAAGUGCUAUGGUUCCUAUUAAGAGUGCUAAGGAAUAUCACCUUCAACAAGAAAUUGUGGUUUUGUUCUCUGAAACUCUUAUAAGAGCUUUAAAAAUGGGAAUGGUGACUCAAGACAUGGUAGAUGAUUAUGAUCCAUCUUUAAUGUUUACAAUUCCUAGGCUUGCCAUUGUUUGGGGUCUUUUGCUUUAUCCUGAUGGUCCAUUCAAUGUUGAGAAAGAUUCAUCAGAUAUAUCUGAACUUUUCCGGCCUUUCUGCAAUUUACUGUUUAAAAUAAGAGAUUUAUUAUGGACUUUGACUGAAAAAGAACUCCAUAAACUUGAAAAGAUGUUGUGCAGCUUGGAAGAACCAAAGAUUGAUGAUAAGUCAGAGGCUAAUGAUGAUAUAUCUUUAAAAGUUUCAGAGGAUUCUGUAUCUCUCUUUUAUAAAAAUCAGUUGAACUGCAAGCAGUUUAUUCAUGAAUUUUAUGCUUAUAAUUUUGGUAUACUAACAACAGAAAAUGGUAUUCCUGAAAAUUCAGAGGACACUUUAAACACAGAAAAGCAUUCUUCAAAUAAAAAGAAGCAUGAAAAAAAUCAAAAUAGCAUAGAAUUUGAGGUAAAAUAUCAUAACUCAAGUACAACGAACAAUGUUCAAAAAUCUUAUAUCAGUAAUAAUGAAAAUUUUGUCACAAAUGAACUUGGACUUUCAGAUUGUGAUGAAACUCGAGACAAGGCUGUAACUGAUGGUGUUAGGACUCGUUCAGAUAAUAUUGAAGAAUCUUUCAGUGAUGAAAGGUUUAGGCCGAUGAGCCAACAUUUAGGCAAUGCGCCUGCCCAUCAUAAUCAAAUGCUUUGUAAUUUGCAAAAUGCAGAAAGUUAUCAAACUAGUUCAAGUAAUAACACACGAUUACAGAAUCAAAUUUUAGAGAACAAAGAGUAUGAGGACUCGUGGAGCGAAGCCGGGUUGAGAACUAGUCUCCCUCACAUCGAAAACAAUGAAAUUGUCAACGAUGUUUACUCUCAACCAGCUUCAGAGAGUACCUUUCUAGAACAUUCUGCAUCCUCACUCGAAAACCGCCUUAGCGUUCUCCACGAUAACUGUACUUGCAACCUCAAUAGUUCUUCAAGAGAGCAUUUGACUCCUUCCAGAGAAAUAAUGAGACAGGUGAUGAGGAAGGUUGAAAUCGUACCUCCAGGCCAACGAGUUUCAGAGUACAGUUCUUCUUUAGAAAAUAGCCCUCGUGCCUAUCACCAUGGACUACUGAGCCGCUCUUUUCCUAUCCACCCACAUGCUUCUUCAGAGACGCCUAGAAAAAGGACUAAAAAAGGCCGUAGCAAAAACUCACAACCUUCUGCACGGCAACAGAAUGAAAAAUCACCAUCUAGGUGUUGUAGUGAUAACUAUCGUCAUGCUCACCCGUCUGAAGCACAGAACUCUAAUAGUUUGUACAAUAGCUCACCUCUUAUGAUUCCCCGAGUACAACACUUGCGCCAGGAAGAGAAUAGUGAAGCAACUUACUCUUCCUGCUCUAGCUGUCAGAGUAUAUCUAGUGUAUCAAGUUCUGAAUGGGAAUCUACAAGCCCAGACACCAGUUCCUAUAACUCAGAGUGUCAAGACGAUGAGGAAAUCGCUUUAGCUUUACAGGCAGCAGAAAUAGCAUCUCGAAAUAAAGCAAGAUCAAGAUUCAAAAGCAGCAGGGAUCUUUUACACAAGUUAUUUGUUUGUGUCUCAGGUGUUGCUGAUCAACUACAAACUAACUAUGCAAGUGACUUGAGAAACAUAUUGAAAAGUGUCUUUGAUAUGAAUUGUUCGCAAAGUCAGCAAGAAGUAUGUGAUAAUUCUCAGACGGAUAAUUCGAAUGACAUAAAUAGCCCUGAUGUUGCUUGGACCUUGCCCCCAAUAAGUGCAGCCUUCAGUGAUAAUGGAAAUAGCAUACUUACGAAUGAAAUGUCAGAGUCUCUGUUAAAUGGCAAUUCUCCAGAUGAAUAUGACAGAGAUCAAAGUUCCGUGGAUAGUGCUGAGGAGGUUGUGGCUGACAAUUCUCCUACUCCAUCAUUGGUGUUGCCCAAUAUUAGCCAACAAAAUGAGAACAGCAUAGGUGUUUUUACAGGUCCACCUGAAUGGAUGCCAGAUGAAUUCAGUCCUAAUUGUAUGGCUUGUAAAAUGCAGUUCACUAUUUUACGGCGGCGCCAUCACUGUAGAAAUUGUGGAAAGAUAUUUUGUUCCCGCUGCAGCUCUAACACUAUUGCUCUGCCUCAUUAUGGACAUUUAAAACCUGUGCGUGUUUGUAAUCAUUGUUUUAUGUAUCAAUUGACCAGCUUUGUUAUGCAAAGGCAGCUGUGACCCGUAUAAUAUAGAUAUAUAUAUUGUUCCAAUAAAACAAUUUCAAAUUUAUUCAUUUAUCCUGGUGCUAAAAGAAAGGCUAUUUUACUCAAUGACAAAUUUCUGUAGAAUACUGGUCAGUUUAUAUUGUUGUUUAAUCUAUUGUACUGAUAUAUCUAUAAAUAUUUUAAAAUUAAUUUUUUCGACAAAAACUAUAUAGUCUAGUUUAAUGGCACCCUAAUCAUUUCAUAAAUUACGAUAGAGAAUUGAUUUCUUGAGUUUGAAUGUUGCUGUGAAAAAUAUCUGAAAUUGGUUGUUUUUAGGCUUGAAUAAUAAUUUUUAAAUUUAGAUAUUUUAUAUGAAUUGUUAUUAUUAGACAGUUAUCCAGGGAACUGGCACAUGAAUUUAACGAUGUGACUCUAUGAUAUUUUUCUUUAUUUUGAAAGUCACUGAUUAGUAUUUUAUAUAAGUAUGUGUAAAAGAAAUCGGCAAUUCAAGAUUGCGUGGCUGAAGUGCAGCAAUGCAGUAUGCGAACUUAUUAUUUUAUCCUGAAUCCAAAACUUAUUAUUUUACUCUGAAUCAACUCUUUAUAAUAUCAAGCUUUGUAAGUGACUGAAUUCUAAAGAGUUAAUUAGUUAUAUAUUUUUUCACCUCUAGCCAUUUUUCUCAAUAAAUUUUUUUAUUUAUAUGUUUUCUUUUUCAAGCUCGUUAUACUGUUAAUGGAGGAAUAUGGAUUCAUAAAUUAUUUAUUCAUCAAGAUGAUAAAAAAUUAAUUUAUGGUUGUGGUUAUAAGUGGCAAAAUAAUAUGUAUUGAAUGUUUUUGUUUUACAUCUGUAUCACUGUUUAAUAUAGAAAUAUAGAGUACAAAAAAGCCUGUACAAAAACAUAAUUUUUUUCUCUCUCUGUAAAUGAAGUUAAGAUUUUAAAAAAAUGUUUAAGUUCUGAAAUGCCAUUUUCAUUACAUUACUCUUAGUACUCCUUAGUGAUAAUGAGAGUUAUGUGAAGCGUAAAAGUGAUACUGAUUAAAGGAAUUAAAUCUAUUAGAAGGUUAGUUUUUGACAGAACUCCCAAACCUCAUCUAAACAAUGGCACUUCGAUUUUGUAUUGUUAAAACAGGAGAAUAAAUUUUGAGUUAAAUAAUGCCAUAAUGAUGCAAUAUUACAUGUUGUGAUGGCACUUUAAUAUCAUGAUCAAAGGCCAUGAUGAUACAAUAGUAGAAUGUACAGUUAAAAUAAUUAUAAUUUUUUAUCAUAGCGAAAUUGCAAUUUAGAAUUUUUAAAAAACUGAUUAUAUUAUUGGUCUUUUGUGCCAAAAUAUUUUGAGAGAUUGAAAAUGCCACUGUAAUAAGUGUAGCAAUGAUAAUUUUGGUUUAACUUAAUAGUUUUUAUGCAGAUUUAAACGUUGUUAAACUUUAAUUAUAUUUCUAAUUAAUUCAACAUAUAUUCUUAAUAGUAGCCUUAAAUUGAGGAAAAUAUUUUGAAUCCCUCAUUGAUGACAUUUUUUGUCACUUUUUUUUCAAACUCUCAUUCCAAAUAUAAAUAAAUUUAACUGUAGAUUGUUGAAAAAUGGAGUGAUUGCUGUUAAAAUAGUUCACGAUUCAUGAAUAAAAAGUGGAUCCUGAUUUGCCUAUUUCUUUUAGACAGACUAAUACAUAUAUCUACAUUUUUCUUCUAAGCAGUAUCUAGAUCAGUAUCUAAACUGUAUUUUUAAAUUACUAGAUUUCUUUCAUAUUUACCAGGUCAGAUUGUAUUAAAAAAUAUCUUGUUUUAUUUAAAUUGCAAAUAAGUUUUUUGUGGUUAAGAUUAGAAGGUUUUUUUUCACUGUUUGUGUAUUGUGAUUUACAGAAAAAAAUUUUGUGAUAAAUUCUCAGUUUAUGGGAAAAAGACUGGUUAUGUAAAAUGAGCUUCUAAAUAAAAAUUAAUAAAAUUAUCUGAAAUAUAAAAAUGUACAAAGUUAAGAAAUGUUUUUCUGUUUUUUACUUUUAAUUAGUAUUAUAUUCCUUUAGUUCUAUAUUUCUCUCUUUUAAGCAAGUUUUGCUGUGUCUUUAAGUAUUUCUUUAUUACUUUUAUGCUUAUUUCUGAUUUAUGGGUGGCUUGUUUUUAUUAUAUACUGACAUGUUGAACAUUACAUAAUUAGCUUAAUCACUUUAAGUUGUCUUUUAAUUUCAGAAGCCUAUCAGUAUGCUCUGUUAGUAUUGUCUGUCUUUUUUUUUUUAAAUGAAGGUUCUUGUCUUAUUGGUAUAUAUUCUCAUAUUUUUGUACAUAUAAUGUCAAUAAUUGUUUUAAUGUGAUUUUUUUCUUCAAAUAUUUGAUAUGGGAAUUUUUUUUUCACUAAGAAUGUUUGAAUCUUGUGAUUUAUAUGCAUUUAGUUCAAUAAACAAAUGCAAUAAAUUCA